UAAACACAUGCGAGCAGCUGAAAGCUCUAUGGAGACUAGCCAUCAGCUAGCCAUAUAGUAUCUUGUUUUGCAGUGGUAUGUCUUAUAUUGCGAUAGGUGGUAUCAGAAUAUAUUGUUGUGCCACACACGAUGAUGUAAAUGUCAGUCUCUGAAUGCUGUGUGGACCGGAGUAGACGUCAAUAUGAGUGACCGGAUGGUGAUAAGGUAGAUAGCUCACUAAGUAGCCAAGGUUAUAGUUUCCGAGACUUCAUAAUUUCAUCAUUAGCGUAGUUUGAUUUCAUCCGCUAAACACGUUUGCAUGUCCAGUCAGUGGCACUUUGUUAUUUCUCGUGCAAGUUGCACAGUGUGCUUCUCUGGUUUAAUAGAGGAUCAUGUUCAUGUUUCGCAUUAACCAGAAAACGGAUUGAUCUUCCUGAAGUACAAACGUCCUGAACAUUACUAUUAACACGAAAAAUACGCGUAAUAUGAUCUGCAAUAGUCUCAACAUGUAUACGAUGUUCAGGUUGAUGUCUCUACGGUCAGUCAAGCCGUCUGUUUCGUCCCAGACCAUGAGAAAAGGAUCUCAAAUUGCGCCUUAUUGUUCCAGGACUCUGGCAUGGUCAAGUAACAGUGAGUCUGAGCAAAUGUCUAAAUUGAGGCGCAGUGCAAUCAACAGUUCUGGUCUCCGCAACAGGGCUAAAGUCUCAUCAAAGUGGAAAAAUGACACUGCACACUCCAUGGACAGCGGUCAAUCAGUUGUUCCUCACAAGCUUCGUAGUAAAGUGACUUCUGUUCUCCAUGAGAGAGAAAAGGGAGCUAAACAAAAAAUAUCCCCUGAGCUCCAAACUCUCAUGUUGGAGGACCUACCUGCGGGGGAGCGGAGGACAUUCCGGACCCCCAAAGAGGAAGAACCAUCGGUUAAGGGCAAACAGGGUGAGGUAGUGUUUGGAUUGUCCCCGUGCCUACUGGCUCUCACGCAAGGCAGGAGGAAGGCGUCCACGCUCUUUGUGAAAGAGGGCGAUGAUGAGCAGAGGGAUGCGGUGCAGAAAGUGUGUGAGGAGGCCAUCAAGCGAGGCGUUCAGAUCAAGUGGGUCCACAAGAGGGAGCUGGACAAAAUGACCCAGGGACGUGUCCAUCAGGGUGUCUGCCUGCAGGCCAGCCGUCUACAGUACCUCAGGGGCUGGAUCACACCUCAAAAGGAUGAGCAUCGCAAUCAGGUCCCACUCUGGCUGGUUCUUGAUGGUGUUCAAGAUCCGAUGAACCUAGGUGCUAUUAUCCGCUCUGCUUAUUUCCUUGGUGUGGAUAGAAUUGCCAGUAGCAUUCAAAACAGCUGUCCUCUUACACCUGUCGUAAGCAAGGCCAGCUCGGGGGUGAUGGAGGUUAUGGACAUCUACGGCUAUCAUGACUUGGAAGACAUGAUUAAGGUAAAGAAGGAAAAGAAAUGGCAGGUAAUCGGAACCGUGGGCGUUGAGGAGAAGGCAUCUGAGGUUAAGACUGUAAAAUGCUCAGAUUUCCAGAUGCAAAGACCAACACUAUUACUGAUGGGCGGAGAAGGUUCCGGAUUGUCCCCAGAUCUGCGGGCUCUCUGUGAUGUCCUGCUCACCAUCCCAUCCCACCGAGAGCUCCACCCUGGAGUGGAAUCACUCAAUGUAUCCGUGGCAACAGGCAUCCUCCUGCACUCUCUCCUCAACCCUCGCUCCAGAGACCGUCAGUGAUCGGAGUUGGAGUUGGAGUCGGAGCUGGAGUCGGGUGAGCUCCAGGUCUACACCAUUUAGGAGAAUACUGCACUGUGAUUGCCUGAGGUCGGACUGUUUUAGAUGGGUGACCUGCAGGCGGUUUACCUCUUGUGGUGGAGUGUUGUCUGGCAGUGGGGGAAAAAAUUGUGUUAAAUUAUAACAAUGUAUGAAAAGCUCAUAUCUGUUCAAUGAAAGAUUGAUAUCAACUAAUUAAAAUGUUUGUUAUAAAGAA